AUGGAAAGAAUUACUCGCAUUAUUCAACGGGACAAAGAAUAUAUAUGGCCAUAUCGAUCAUGUCUUUGUCAAUGCCGGCAUUGGCCCACGAGCCGAUUACUUGUCUAUGCAGCUUGA